CAGCAGCAGCAGCAGCAGCUCUCGUAAAAAGAAGUAGCCGUAGUAGUUCUGGGACAGUCCGGUGUCGUGGUCUCGCUGUAACUAUGCCGAUGUUUGUGGUGAACACCAACGUGCCCGGCACCGACGUGCCGUCUGCUCUGCUGACAGAGGCCUCCGAGACUCUGGCUGAAGCGAUGGGCAAACCAUUACAGUAUAUUGCUGUGCAGGUGAAUGCGGACCAAAAACUGUUGUUCGGUGGAAAGGCGGACCCCUGUGCACUCUGCUCCCUGCACAGCAUUGGCAAGAUCACCAGGUCUUCGAACAAAACGUACUCUAUACUGUGUGACCUUCUUCAAAAACACCUGCACAUCUCUGCAGACAGGAUCUAUAUUAAUUUUAUAGACAUGGAAGCAGCCAACGUGGGCUGGAACAGCAUCACCUUUGGCUGAAUGGUAGCUCAACACACUGAGAUACAAGCUCGUCGUAGUGUUUCAUCAUGUGUACCAAGACGGUUAAAAUGUGCAAGAUGAAUAAAAUCUGUAAUUUCUUUUGUCAGCGUAAUAUGUUUAACGCACUUGAUACCUUGCUUUGCAGUGAUCCUUUUUAUAUUGAUUUGAAAUAAAAUCAACCCUGUAGAAGA